ACGGCGUCGCCGCCGGCCCGGUCUCGCUCGCCGCGUAUACGCAGCCGCCACCACAAACAAGCCAGGCCAGGCAGCCAGCGAAUUGUGCUCGGGGGGAGGCCGGGGGAUGGCGGCGAGGCGGGGCAGGGGGUGGGCGCGCGGCGCGGCGGCGUUCGCGGCCGUGGCGCUGGCGGUGGGCGCGGGCCGGCGGUACGGCUGGGACGGGGCCUCCGCGGUGGCGGUGUUCCGCGAGGCCCGCGGCGCGCUGGGGCCCUGGGCGGUGCCGGCCUACGUGGCAGCGCACGCGCUCACGCUCGCGCUCUGCCCGCCCUACGCCAUCUUCUUCGAGGGCGGCGCCGCGCUCAUCUUCGGCUUCCUGCCGGGCGUCGCCUGCGUCUUCUCCGCCAAGGUCCUCGGGGCAUCCAUCUCCUUCUGGAUCGGCAGGGCAGUUUUCAGAUAUUUCACUUCAGCAAUGGAAUGGCUACAGAGGAACAAGUACUUCCAUGUUGUGGUUAAAGGAGUUGAGCGGGAUGGCUGGAAAUUCGUAUUGCUUGCAAGAUUCUCUCCUUUGCCUUCCUACAUCAUCAACUACGCUCUAUCAGCCACGGAUGUUGGAUUUUUCAGAGAUUUUCUCCUUCCCACAAUUAUUGGCUGCUUACCAAUGAUACUACAGAAUGUUUCAAUCGUAAGCCUUGCUGGUGCAGCAGUGGCCUCCACUACAGGAUCUAAGAAGUCCCAUAUCUACUCUUACCUGUUUCCAGCAAUUGGUAUUGUGUCCAGCAUUCUGAUUUCUUGGAGGAUUAAGCAGUAUUCUUCUGCACUUGCUAUUCCUGAUGAGCUUAAGAGUGCACCUGCUAAUGGAAAGUCUGACGGUGAUGCUAAGCUGGCUUCACCAACAUCUACAAAUACCGACACUGGGAAAACUAGGAAGAGAAGGUGAUUGGCAGUUUCGGCCCUGUAUUCGCAGUGACAUCCACGUAGUAUCAAGUAGCUACAGUCAGAUGCUAGUUAAAGACUUAAAUUUCACAUUGGUGCACCACUACCCUGUUCGGCUGGUUGGUGGCUGGUGGCUGGUGCUGAUUUGUUGUAAGAGAAAAGUACUGCUGACUGGCUGGUGGCUGAUGUUGAUUUGGUGCGAGAGGAAAAAAAACUGCUAGCUGGCUGGCUGACAUGAUUUUUUGGGGCGUUAACAGAUGCUGCCUUCUCAUUUCUAUAUUUGAUCUUCUCUUAUUGUGGUGGAUAAUACCGCAAGGUGAAUCAUAGAAGCUCACAUGUUGUUCACCAAGUAAUCUGGUGUUUUAGAUUUGGCAUAUUCAACUGUAUCUUGUAUUGAAACUCGAUGUAUGUCCAAACAGGUAAUCAGAUAUUCUUCUGGGUCAGAGUUUGAUUUAAGAACUGCGUUUGCUUUUUGUGAUGUAGGACAGCUGCUGUGACAUUCUCUGUGACUACACGUAGUUGUCUGUACUCUUUUGCUACAAUCCAAAGCAAAUCAUGCAGUGAACUCCAAGCAA